GUUUUGUGCUCAGCACAUGGUCUAAAAUACCGGCCUCCCCUCCAAGACCCAGAAGAUCAUGGCAAACAUGGCCGACCCCUCCCGCUCAUAUGCCUCCGAACCCCCAUGUCCAUGUUUCUUGGUCUAAAAUCACUGCGCUGUUCCUGAUGUUGCCUUCGCGUGGCCGCCUGCAUAGGUACCCACCGAGAUUUCGGUUCCAUCGCAGACAGACCAACUUCCUUUCAGACAAGCCUUCUUUCCUUCCACAAACUUCGACACAAUCGCGUCAAUGAGUCUAGCUUGGUUUGAACAACACUACUGGCUUUCGGUCCGCGCACACCUCUCGCCUCCCCAUAGUUUCAAGUUUCGUGUACCUCAUCCCGUCUUACACUGAGCUCGCUGCGCAUUGCUUCCUGGGCGUCCUGGGCGCUUGACGACAAGCCGCGAAGCCGAGCUGGGUCGAACUUCGCAACCUCCGACUCUCCGCACUCGACAUCACUUCUGCAGGUGGCUAGGACUUUGAUGGCCAUCAGCUGGGCCAUAGCUGGGCAGGUUCGUUCCCAAGGGCACAUAUUAUAUGCACCUCACGAACCAAAAAUCCUCAGUAGCAGUGACAUAUUACCCCAGGGAAAAAGGCGUUAUAGGCGGAGAUCAGUCUGGGCCGGAUAGCUACCCACUUGGUUGCUGUCACUGAACACAAAGGCCAGUCUUUGCUGCCGGGCAUCCAGAGAUUCUCCCAGGCCGACGAGGAAUGGGUUGGUCUGACUUGGAGUGACUGCAUUGCGACUAGCCCAUCCUUCCUCUGCCAUCGAUCGAUAAGCCGUCCGUGUAUUGUUUGUGUACGAUUCCUAAUUUCUGGCAUUGGUUUGAGAGGUGAGAAGUGGCAACACAAUUACAGACAAACUUCUGAAGGCCGGUCAAAACCCUUCUUGGAGGCCCAGGAGGUUUUACGCAUAUACCAUCUACCCGACUGGUCCACGUCGAUCUGUACUCACCGGUCACCAGAUCAACCAAUCCCAGCUCUGGUACUUCAAAGUUUCACAAAGAGCGCAUCCUGCCAGUGGGGCUUGUUACGGGAGCCCCUCGAGGUAUCCUGGGACAGAAAGUUUUGCCUGGUCGACUGACGGAGCAGCAUCCGCAACAUCUCUCCAGCGCCUACUCUGACAUCGGCCGCCUCCGCUGGCGUUUUCGUACACCCACAUAUUACCUUACCGCAUCCCACCUCCCCAAAGGUCCGCCAUAAUGAACGUCCAUAGCCCAGGUCUUCCCCGCAACCGUUUGAAAACCGAGAAUAAAAGCAGACGGUGGCGAAAUAACCCAAUUUGCAGGCUGGAUCAAGGGUCGAGGUCAGUCACAGGGACUACAGAGACCAGGCAGGAAUUCAAUCCGCAUCAGCGCGAGCAUUCGUCGGCGUCUCUGUCAGUGUAUCUGUUACCCACAGAAUCAACAAGCCAGGUUGGGUCAGAUUCCCCUACAAUACCUUCCGUCGCCGCAGAGACAGGUCGAGUGCGGUCUUACCCCACUACAAGGGGUCGGUCAGAUCGCGAAGCAUACAACGAAACCAGUCACUAUCUCGGCUACAACACGGACACGCUACGUUUCACGGUGGAAUCUCAGGCCCAGGAGAGUUACAGUCCAAUAUUGGCCAAAGACGGCUUAGUUGAUUCUGCAAACUACACCCAAGUUUAUUCGGAAAAGGGGUCAGAUUUGCUCCCUCAACCUCUCCCGCCGGCUCUACCACAGACACAGCAACACGUCUCUGGGCAGUCUUCCAGCAAGCCUGGCCAACAAGACGAGCAUUUUCCUCACUGGAGCGUGGAGCCAUCGCAGCAUUACUGGAAUUUCGAUUCUCAGCAAGACAUUGCGCAUCCAGCAGCAGAAAGAUUUCUCCAAGCUGAAGUAGCUCCGUUGGUCAAUCCUGUGAACACACAGUCGCUUCUGCUGUCUGGUGAUCAAGUUGGAGGGCAUAGGGACUCGACAUUUGGUGGUUUUUCGGCCGAGAGCCCUACGAUCUCUGGUCAUAAUUCUACACAAUCUCGACAGCCGCCAUAUUCUUCAGGCCAUCCGGAACCUCGCGCUACACUGCCUGCUCCAAGGAGUAUCUUGCCAGCAUUGGAGACAUAUCACUACUCUACCGGUGCCUGUGAUGACCAACCAUCUACUGCUGUGGUAAAUCAGGCUGUGUUCCCCGAGACUGCAAGCUCAGCACCCUAUCAUCAUCCUCUCCAACACGCGGACUAUCGUCAGAGCUCAGCGCACCGGCCCCAAGAACAAUAUUGGUCAUCGUCCUCGAAUACAAUAAUACUCCCUCAUCCUACACGACCAGAGCGGAGAGCUGGUGACUCUUCGCCUAGUAACUUUUCACAUUCGCCCCUCCAUCAGACCCAUCAGACAUCCCAAGCGGCCAUGGGAGGAGGAACAGGCGACCCCUGGGUCGAGGUGCCUGCGUGCUCACAGCCUUAUGAGGAGAGCCAUUAUGCAUCCUCCCGACCAGGUGUUCAAUAUGUAUCCGGAGAUGGCUACCAGGAUGUUUUGCCUUUACCCAUGGAUGAUUUGACAUCCCACAUGAAGCCUAGGUCGGGUAGCAUGCUGAAGCAGCCUUAUGAUCCGACGCCAGGUAGAACUGAAAAGCGCACCAGUAAGAACAAGACUUGUCGAAAACCGUUCGAUCCUUUGAGAAAAAAGGCGACUGCAGAAACGCGCUUGAGGGGUGCAUGUAUUCGGUGCAGAACUCAGAAGCUUCGGUGCGAUCCGCUUUACCCAGAAGAUCCCCUCGGUCCUUGCAUAGAAUGUCACAAGGUUAACACCGCGUCCAAAAAGACAACCCGGUCAGCGGAUUGCCUUCAUCACAAUCUCAGGGAUCUCCAACUUGCUAGACAGGGGAGUCUCAACCUCACCUCACGGUGGUCAGGAACCAAGAUGCACGACGUCGACUGCUUGGCUAGUAGCUCCAUCCGGACUGUAGAGUUCAAGAUAUUCUACACGCACGAUCCCAAUCUUCCCGAGUUCUACCACGUGCCCGUUCAACUCCAAGUACGCAGAUUCAUACCAAAAGACGGCGAUGUGCUGGAUAGGAAGUGGACCUGGGAUGGGUAUGGUAUGGUGACGCGCCUGGCUCCUUUCGCAUUGCACAGCAUCCAUGCAACAGCCACAGCAAUCUCGAGAUAUAUUGAGGAGAAUGCUUUCAUAGCCAUGACGGCUUCUGUUGCCGGCUGCGACCCCAUCAUACGGGAUACGUAUACCAUGGCUAUUCGUCACUGGUACACCUUGGAUUCGGCAAACGAUACGAGGGCAGCGGAGCGCAGAUUCCUGAGCAGGUUGUUCAAGGUGUGGUUUGCCAUGAGACUUUCAACGGGGUCAGCCUAUCUCUCAGGCCAUGAUAAGCUAGACAUGGAACCAGAAUUGCGACCAGGAUAUCCCCUUGGCGACCGGAUUUCCCUUCCGCGGAUGGUGACGGCCCAGAUCGACAGUAUUCUAACAACCAAGAUUAUUCAAGACGAGACAACAAAGCUUAAGAGGGAACUUAGCGAUCUUUUCAAGAGUAACAACCCCCAGUACUGGUUCACACUAUACGUAGCGACCUUUAUCCUGCUGCACGAGAUUUCGGUGGCCACCCAAGAUCGCGGACGCUAUGCCCGACAGAACCAAUUGCCCACUCGUUUCUCCUUGCCGUCUCUAGUAGCUGCUCAGCAUAGAAGCGCGACCUCUCUCCUGGCACACUGGCACUACUUCAAAUCCGGCAGAGACCCUCGCAACACCGAGAUGCAUGACACAGAAAGGACACCCAUGAAGUACCUGACCCAGGAACAGAAGCAUGUCAUCUGGCCGUGGUGGCGGCGGAUGACAGAUCCAGCGAUCAUGCAAGAAAACUGUCCCGACGACCCCCGUGAGCAAGACAGGCGAUUAGAGGACCCCCUUUACUUUGUCUCUCAGAUGUUUAUCGAAGGGUGGUCUGCUAGGGCCGUUUUUCUGGGCUAGAUUUCACCGGCAUCUCGGCAAAGCAGUCAAAUGCGUUGUGCAUAUGGCCUUUGUCACGCCACACGACAGACUGGAAAGGAACGAACACGGUUUCACGAAGUAACGACGAUAGGAUUGUAACAAGAUGAGGAAAACGAUUUAUAAAGUGGCCUUUGUUUUACGACGCGGCUAGGAUUCGUUUCUACGCACUACGUAUAAAAGCUGUUUGGCGAUAUUGUAAUUUUGGAUGUGUUCUCUUUUUCGGUUACCAGGGCAGUAUCUAAAUAUACACGAAGCAAUGCUUGAACUAGCUCUGGUGGUUAUAUAAAAAUCCCAUAUGAUUGACGG